AGCCAGACGCGAAUCGAGCCGGACGUGCGUGUCGCGAGCGAGUUCGCGGUGUUAGAAGUUCGAAAGGCGUGUGUAUAGAAAAAGCCAUCGAUUCUAUUGCGGUGGUCGUUUCGAGUGCUGGAGCGUGUUAUGCUGUAAGUGCAGCCGUGUGUACCGUUUGCAUUGUUUUGGUGCCUGUUUGUCCUAGCUUCGGCUGGAUGUAUAACACAUUUCAAACAGUUUUAACAGCUGCUUGUAUUGAAAAAUAGUGUGCGUGAAAAUGAUCAUUGAAUUCAACUUUACUAAGUGAAAAGUGUAUCUCCAAUUAAAAUUACACUAAACAGUGGCAAGAAGUGCGAAUAGUCAACUCGCGUUUGUUUCUGGUCGUUAAGUUAUUAGCGAUCAUUACACAAUAUCUCGGUAGAUAGCAUCGACUUGAAGAAGGCUUCCUGUCGCGACCGAAAAGGAAACAAGAUGGCAGCUCAAUAUGGCCGUAGCCUCAACUCCGCGGCCGUGAUGAUGCUGCUCGUUUGGAUUACGCUUAUAGGAGUGGCACCUUCCCAAGGACAGAAUCAACCGCGGCUGAAAAUCCUGCCCGCAUCUUCCAUACAGCGCAAACCGGUCGGACAUUCGCUGUUGCUGACCUGCCGACCGGAAGUUCCGGACACUAAUCUCAUCUCGGAUCUCAGAUGGAACGACAACCGCAAUAUGACCAUCCUACCGAAACCGAUGAACUAUUACUAUCCUCUGUACGAUUCGAAAGGUCGUAAGCUUCCAACGAAGGCGGGUCAGUCAUCGCCGAUGAUCUACACGGAAUCGAUAGCGGGCGGUACGGCGUUAGCGCUAAUCUUCAACUCGCUGCAGGAGAAUAUGGCCGGGACGUACUACUGUGCUGCUUCCUACUCCGUCACCGAAAAGUUGAACGCGGCCGUCGUGGUCGAAACCUACGUUGCCAUUACCUGGAAGGAUGCUCCCACGGACCAACGCCCCCUGAUGGGCACGGACUACAUUGUACGCUGCGAAGUAACCGCCAAUCCACCAGCAACUGUUGAUUGGCUUCGAAACGGUGAUCAGAUUAAAUCCAGCGGACGGUAUGUGAUCGAAAAUCGGGGCUUGCUUAUCAAAAACAUAACCGAGGCGGAUGAUGGUGUGUAUACGUGCCGCGCCGCCGUUAUGUCGACGGGUGAACUAAAGAACCGUGAGAUAAGGGUCGAGGUGCAGAUCAUGCCCGAAGUUCAGCGCCUGCCGCAGGUGAUGGAUGCCGUCGAGGGCCAAUCGUUUUCGGUGAUGUGCAAUGCAACCGGCAAACCGGUACCCGAAUUCCAGUGGAUUAAGAAGGGAACGCAACAGAAUGCAGCCGACUUGGAUAGAUUUUCCGUCAACGCCAUCACUGGCCAGCUCGAUAUCAGCACCGUGGAGCAGCAGGACCACGACAACUAUGCCUGUAUUGCACGCAAUCCUGCCGGUCAUUCGGAAUCGGUGAUGAAACUGAACGUGUUGAUUCGACCGAAAAUCAUCGAGUUCAUCAACAUUACCGUGUCCGAGAACGAGGAGGCAGUCUUUGUGUGCAAGGCAUUCGGCCGACCUGCUCCAGAAAUCACGUUCCGCCGCUACGGCACGGUGGAAGAAUACACGAUCGGUUUGCAGGUUAGUGACGAUCGGAUCAUUUUGGAACAGUCAACAGACGACGAGAAGGGUGAAACGGUCGGUACGCUACGCAUCUCGAAGCUUGCGACCACCGAUGACGGCCUGUACGAAUGUAUUGCAAGAAAUCGGGGUGACGUGGCAUUCAAGGUGGGUCACAUUACCGUCGAGUAUCGGCCAAUCUUUGACCACAUGAAAGCACUUCCGCCGGUGUACACGUGGGAGGAGCGACCCGCCAACUUGAGCUGCUUCGCUCAAGCGAUUCCAAAUGCAACCAUCGAAUGGCGUUUCAAUGAUCGGCGUGUGCAGGAUCUGUACGAUCAGAACUUGCGCAUCGAAAACGAAGGACUACGCAGUGAUUUAAUCGUUACUCCGCGCGAUCGUCGCUACUACACUGCCUACAAGUGUGUCGCCAACAACAGGCUGGGUAGUGCAGAGCAUGUGAUGGAAUUGCGUGAAGCUCGCAUCCCAGAAUCGGUCCCGCAAGCUAAACCGCGCAUCGUCAGUGCUACCUCAAUUACAUUCGACAUUAUGGUACCGCCAGUCGAGCCCGGAUUGCCGCUGACAGCGUUUUCCGUACAGUGGAAGGAACAGUUCCAGAGCGAUUGGAACUUUGCCUUCAACCGUACAUGGUCACCCGACAGCCCGUACAUUGUGGAAGGUUUGCGACCUCAGACGGCCUAUUCGUUCCGGUUCGCAGCGCGCAACGUUGUCGGACUCAGUCAGUGGGGUGCGUACGUCGAUCAGUCGACACCGCGUCGUUCGGAACCGGAAACACCACGCAUCCUUCACACGCCCAUCCAGGACGAGGAGGAAGACAGUGAUCCAAUCGUUACCUCGCCGUACGCGGACCAUUUCGAUAUGCGGUGGAGCAUACCGGUGGACAACGGUGAGCCGAUCGAUAUGUACCGCAUCAAAUACUGUCCGGGUACCAAGGUGAACGGAUACUGGACCGAGAUGGAGGAGCACUGCAUCGAGCAGGACAUUGCGCGCAUGACCAACUUCGAAAUGCGCAACCUGCAGGCGGACACUUACUACCGGAUAGAGCUGAUGGCGCACAACGCGAUCGGCUUCUCGAAGCCUGCCCACGUACUCAUGAAGACUGCACGAGACAAUUAUUACACCGGUAGUGCGAGUGUUUGCAGGGCGGGUAGCGAUCGUUGGUGGUGGUGGUGGUUAUGUUGGUCCUUCAUCCUUACAGCACUGCCCUCGGUAGCAGCGAUCAGUGCCGGUGUGGUGGAGUGUGCAUCGAAUGAUUGUGGUGGUAGUUGUAGUGGUAGCAGUAGUACCACCAGCAAACCGAUUGACGACCAAGAAAAAUGUUUGCGUAGUAGGAAGGCCAUCGAUUGCCAGUGGUCCGUACUCGAAAGCAGUGGAUCGUAAGAUUGUAGUGAUGUAGCAAAAUGGAGACUUGUAAUGUUCAAUGAACAACAGCAAAACCAGGGUGCUCAAAUACAAACUACCAACCCAGUGUUCUCUUCUACAAUGCGAAUAUGCCGAAAGUCGAUCGUCAAUAAAAAAGAAAAAAUUGUCGGAACUGAAAUAGUUAGGCAGAGUACUAAUCGAAUCAUAAUCAUCCCCAAAAGCAAAGAGUAGCAUGAACCAAUAGAUAAAAAGCAUAAACAAAUAGAGUCUGUUUUUGUAACAACUUUAAAGGGGGAAAAAGGGAAUCAGGUUGCAUUCACCACGUGGUAGUCUAUUUGUUAGUUUUGUCGACUGCAGUUUUUUUUUUCAAGUCGUACAAAAUAUGGUAAAAAAGUGAAUAUACACAAUGAUUACAGUUAAACCAACAACCCACCUGACGGUAUCAAACACUUUUUUAUUUGAUUUUUUUUCUUCGUUUGCAAAGAUUUGGAAUUCGAAUUAUAUUUAAAACUAAAAAAGGCCCGAAUAUAAAUUCUGACCAUGAUUUUACCAUCUAACAAAAGGCAUCACUUCCUGGAAGUUUUAGAUAUUUUUAAUUAAAAAAAAACAAAAGAAAACUCUUCUAGUUACCCCGUCAAAAAGUCAAUCAAUUUAUAAGUAAAACACACGUUGUUCGAUUAGAAAAAAAGGUGCCAUACGGAUGACCGUAAGGUGAGUUAAAAUUCCUUAUAAAGUAUUUUGCUUUGUAAUUGGUGAAGGUUAGAAAAAUCAAACAAACACUUAAAAGCAAUUUUCUUCGUCUAUUUGUUCUGUUCUGACUAACUUAAAGCAAUUGUUUUAACAUUAAACACUUUUCAAUUUGAGUAAAACCUUGGUUAUUAUCAGUAGCUCAAUUUAUCGAACGAACGCAUACAAAUGUAUUCUUUUCGUGUAAAGCUUUAAUAACUAAUAAUGAAUAACACAAAACUGUCUCUUACUGAGUUAAAAAGCAAAUGUUUAUGCCAGUGAUAACACUAUUACAGGAGCGAAGCAAAGCUGAGGAUAUUAGACGGCGGAAACAACUAUUACUAUUUCUUACAGUCUGUAAUAAUGAUGAGCUUACAUUACGAUUUUACACUCUGUACUUUUGAUGCAUAUAUAAACUAAAUUUCGAUAUCGGAUGGCUUUCUAAGUGUAUCAAACUAAUUUUCAAUGCCUUGAUCUUAUUGUGAAAACCUAUGAAUUUCGGCAACAGCCUUGCAUUAUUCUGUGUGAUUAAAUCGGUCGCGAGAAGAAAGGAUUGGAAGGGGGGGGGGGGGGGGAGAGGUUCUACAGUAGUUUAGGCUAAAGUUCGUUAAGUUCUAUUAUGGACAAAAACUGUGUACAGAAAAGGUAUUAUGAUUAUUGCAAAAUGCAAAACACUAAAAACACGUGUGGAUGACUCUGUCAUCCAGUGUAGCGCAAGAAUGGCGUGUUAGAAUGCCAAGUGUUACCAGAAACAGAUAUUAUGUAAAUGUUAAUUUUCAACGAAUGUUUAACACAGUUAAGUUCCCCCGUGUUGCAGUCCACUGCCACCGAACGCGCAAUGCUUCCCAGAUUUAUUAGGAAGUUUAUAUCAAACUAAGCGAGUGUGUGUGUGUUUCUAUGUUUGUGUGAUGCAAAUACAUCGCUCUUACAGUCAUCGUAUCUACCAGAAUUUACCUACAUAUAUUUGUGAUACAAAAACAAAACCGGAUGGAACAUGCAACAUCUCAUAGAUUGCACCACUAUAAGACGCAGCAUGCGUUAGAUGGGCGUUAAAACGACUGUGUGCACAUUUGUGAACGUUUGCAGUGUAUAACUACCAGGAAAAAAGGCUUCGUAUUGCUUACAGCUCGUAGACAUUCAAACAGUGCGUAGUGAAAUUAGACUCAUACUUUGUACAUAACACAGUAUCAAAGGAGAGAGAGCUGUACAUAAUCAUCACUGCCAAUAGUGUUUAAACUUGAUGCCGAAUGGUAAUUUUUCAAAUUCAAUCUAAAUUGCAUUUUCCCCUUUCACCUUUUCUUUUUCCUUUUAAAUCAUGUGUAGUAUUUUUUACUCUUCAAUUAAGUCACCCAAACGGUUAACUAAUACAUACAAGGGUGAGUCCUUUCCAUGGUGCAAAACGUUCGAAACGUUCUUCUUCAUUUGCUUGGUUUAUCAUUUCCGGCGGCAAUUGCUUAUGCCUGCCCAGUUGACCGCAUUUUAGGUGUGCCGUAGCAGCAGCAGUAGAACGUUUUUGUAGCAAGGCGUAUCCUUACCGUUUUGGUGAACAGUUUUUGUUGGUGCAAAGCUCGUUUGGCGUGCGAAAACCCGGUAACUUGGCUGACAUCUGACUUAUGUCUACUGCAAACAUUAUUUAUACGAAACAAGUGUAAAGAAUCAAAUCUUUUACAGCCCCACCGAUCCCAUGACCCCAAAGCAUAGUUGUGUGAAACGAUCCUUUUUUGUAUUUUUUUUCCUGCUAGUAAUUUUUAAAACAUGUCACAGCAUUUUAAUUACAUUUCCACCUAUCAGUUACGUUAGCAAAAAAAAACACACACAAGAUGCAGACUUUGUACAUAAAAUGCAAAAUUGAAGCCGCACAGCUCAGCAAACGUGUAUGUGCAUCGUCAAUGACAAUAAAUCACUGUUGUUUAGUUUUUUAACGAACCGCGGGUAAGGGGUAAUAAAAUGGUAGUACGUUUGGUGGCACGAAGGCUGCAGGAGCUCAUAAGACACGAUAAACGAGGAUACGAGGAUUGUGGUGAAUUUUUGGUUCCUAUUCUACAUAUGUGUAAUCUUCCGAAUGGUCAGUGAGAGAGAGAGAGUGUGUGCGAAAAUGAGAAUAUUAGCGUGUAUGAAUUUCACAACAACGAAACAUCAUUCAUGAUGAUCGCUAAGAUUAUCGCUCCACUCCUAGUCAAAGUUGUAAAAAAGAAACACGCAACAUAGUAUUGGACGGUUAGGAUUGUUGUUGCACACUAUACGACGUACGGUGCGUGAACAAGCUCAUCAAGUUCAAGAUCAAAGCACAUUCAAAUAUUUAGAAAAAGAUGUUAGAAAAUGCAAACCAUAACAUACUAAUUGUAAGAUUCGGCUUGUGUAAGUGUAUGUGUGUUUGCGUGUUUUGGGGCGAACUAUUUGCGCGAACGAGUUAGCGAACGUUUAGAUAAGAUUAAUUCACCGUAAACCGUUUGUCAAAUCAAAUAAUUGCAACUAAAAACAAACAAACAAACAAAUCCGUAUUGCAACACAGUCAGGAUAAUGAUUGUUGGAGUGUUGUGCUUGUACAUAACCUGGCGCAGGUGCGGCAGUACUGUAGUGAAGUACUAAUAGCAUAAUCGUAGCUGUGGAAUGGGGAGCCAUGAAAUAAAUCAAACUACAUCAUCAGUACCGUCUAACACACCUUAAAAACGAGAAGCUUUUCUUUGUGUUCUUAUACUAAACCCCCAACUGGUGACAGAAAAAACAUUUCAACAUUAUCGAUGCGCCUGCACCUGUGUGUUCUGCAAACGCACCGAAACAGUUCGUUGUUUGCUCCUAAAGCUACAUUCUAACCAACUCAGUGUUCCUUCCCCUACAUCACGGUGUGCUCAAAAGCUUGACCCCUACUUUCCAUCGCUUAGGUUCCGAAACUGAAGGUAAUUAUGCAACGAAGUUUAUUUACCACAUACCAAAGAAACAAAACAACAACAACAACAAAAAACUCGAUCCAACCUUGUUAGCGUUCUUUUUGUAGCACCCAACCCAAGUUUCCAUACUUUAGCUAUCACCGAACUAUAUCUUACUCCCACUGUUCUAAUAGUUUCAAAGCGUUAACUUACUCACCAAACAACACCAGUCACUGUUCUAUCGUGUUUUUUUUUUCUUCCUCAUCUUUCUCUGCAUCUGUCUCUCUCUAGUGUCGUUUCUAUAGUGACCAACAAUAACCAAAAAAAAAAA